AUGAUGGAGACGGGUGUAAAUGUAGAUGGAGGCGUUUUCUCACGAAAAAGUAUCUGUUUUGUCACAGGUGCCAGCCGUGGUUUGGGAAAGGCAAUUGCGUUAAAGUUUGCCUCAACGUUCAAAGCUCCGAUCACGUUUGUUUUGAUCGCCAGGAAUCAAAAUGGGUUGACAUCAGUGGCGGAAUUGCUACGACAAGUCGAUGACAGUUUAACGACGACUACACCGAAGACGAAGCUGUCAAUCAAAGUCUGCACCCGUGCUGUUGAUCUGAGCGAUCUCACCACAGAUUAUUUCGCUCUGUUUUCUGGCAUUCUCCAAGAACUCGAUUCCAAACCAGGUGAUUAUGAGCAGGCCAUCAUUGUGCACAACGCCGGCAGCUUGGGAGACGUCUCCAAGAACGCCCGAGCUUUCAAUGACAGAAAGGAGCUGGCGUCGUAUUACAGUCUAAAUCUGACAAAUGUUAUCGCUCUGAACUCGCAAUUUAUGCAGACUUUCUCAGAAGACAAGACCAAAUUCAGGCUUGUGAUUAACAUAUCAUCGAUCUGCGCCCUGGAAGCUUUUAAAACCUGGUCUGUUUACUGCACAGGGAAGGCUGCCAGAGACAUGUUUUUCUCUGUGUUGGGGAAGGAGGAGCAGGAGACAAAGACGACUGUGUUAAACUACGCCCCUGGACCUCUCAUCACAGAUAUGGGAGACGAGGCCAGGACAAAGACAGCUGAUCCUGACAUCAGGAAAAUGUUUGAGGAAUUUAAACGGGAUGGAAAGAACUUGGAAUGUGACACGUCUGCAGAACGGCUAAUGGAAAUUCUCUGGAGGAUGAAGUUCACAUCAGGCCAACAUGUUGAUUUCUUCGAUGAAAUCUGAGGCAGCUUCCACUGUACAAGAAUACUGAUCUGAAAAUAGGUGCCUUUCAGAGACGAGAAUUUUUGUUAUUUUCACAAGGCAAUUACCACUGGUUGAUACACUGCAAAGCUAGUUUUAAAUAAAUGGUAAAAUUUUUUAGCCGUGAUUUAGAAGGCUUGUUUUCUUUGUCUUAUGGGCUAGAAUAGUGAAGUGGUCAAAAAAAUGAAUUUACUGCAUGUUAGUAAUGCUGAAUUAUUGUAAGGGUGCAAAAUACAAUGCUCUUCUGAAAUGCUUGACAGUUAUCAGACAGUGAAAAAGUGUGAUGGAAGAUGUAAGUCACUUCAUCUGUAGCAAUAAUAAUUUUAGUUUUGAGUUUGUUAAACUUGCCAAAACUGUGACUAUAUUAAAGGUACUUUAAUGUAUUUACAUAUCUUCCAUAAUAUGUAAUUUUAGAGGUGAUAAUAGUGGUUGAGAGAGUUGAUAGAAAAUCGAAAAAAUAAUAUGUGGACAGUUGAGUAUAAAUUUUCAUCAUUACAUUUAUCUUGUUAUUCAGAGGAUCAUUUCAGUUAUGUUUUCUUUUUAGUACAUUUUAAAAAUGUGAAAUAGAAAAGGCAAUUUAAAAUUAUAUUGAAACCACUUUUUGUAAUACUUUAACAAGGUCACCGAGACUUUUUGCUCAGAGCUGUGCUAAUGAACCUUUGGGUAACACAAGAUUUAUAUGCUGGACAGUUUAAUGACAUUUGUAGUAAGUUGAACUUCUGUAUUUUUGAAAAUUAACAUACUGUUAAUUUAUAUUAACUACAUAUAUUAUAUUGUUUACUACAUAUAUUAAACAGGGUUUCUUGAAGUUAAAUGGAACUGACCACAAUGUGUGUACAUGUUUUGUUGUGAUUAUACUUGAUGAUGGACACUUUGCAUGGUCUUAAUUUGUGCAUUAAUUAGAAUGUCUUAACAGAUUUUUUACU